AUGCCAAUUCAAUUCGUAAUGUGCUUUCACGAGUGGGAUCAUCUGAGAGACUCAACUAUGUACUUCGGAAGAAGAUUCUUCAUAAAAAAUUCAUAUGAAAAGCUAACAACUGAGAAAAGAGUCUUUAUGAGCAAAUUAUUCAUGAAAAUGGUUUUCAUGUCUUGUGAAAAAGAAAGAAAGCUUUAA